AUGGAUAGUUUGUGUUUGAAUACGAGCUUACACGGCGUCAUUCCAGCGGUUGGAAGCGGUGGAAGCGGUUGUGGUGGAGUUGUCGAAGUCAGAGCUACCGCAACGGCACCAUCGCAGAAAAGAGGACCUUUUGGGUUCUCUUUCAAGUACCCAUUGACGCCCUUUUGGUCUCGCGGCGGUGGAGGAGGAAUUGCGUCGAGGAGACGAAGUGGGUUGGCUCUGGACGACGCCGUUUUGAUUGAUUCCGGCGAUUCGAGAAAGCCGAUCGCGGAGGAGACGGCGGCGGUGGAAAUGGAGACGGAGAGGCGAAAUGGGAGCUGGGUUUUGAAGAUUUUAGAUGUCCAAUCUAUGUGGAGAGAAAGAGAGGAAAAGGAAGACGAUGAUGAAGAUGAAGAAGAAGAAGAAGAAGAAGAAGAAGAAGAAGAGGAACUAGACGACGCCGUAUUAUCUGAAGGUGAUGGUGGAUGCGAUGUAUGUUCGAUUUUGGGAGAUGAUGGUGACGAAGAAAACAAAAUUCAGCUCGAUACAGAAUCGUUCUCAAAAUUGCUGAGGAGAGUUUCGUUGCCUGAAUCAAAACUCUAUGCUCAAAUGUCGUAUUUGGGAAACUUGGCUUAUUCCAUUUCUAAAAUCAAGCCUGCGAAUCUCUCCAAAUAUUACGGCCUCAGAUUUGUAACUUCAUCAGCUGAGAAAACAGAGUUGGCGUUAAAAGAUGAGAAUUGCGAAGUUUCAGGUGAGACUAAGCCAAAGGAGGCAGAAGAAGAAGUUGAAGAAGGCAAAGAAGAGAAGAACAGAGGUCGAAAGAUUAGUGCUUCUGCUGCAUAUGAGAUUGUUGCAUCAGCUGCUUCUUACCUUCAGUCUCGUACCAACAACAUACUUCCUUUCAAUUCUUCUUCGAAAACCGAUAAUUCAGACAAAAACGAUGAGAAUUCUUCAUCAGAGGCUGCUUCUUCUCUAACUAACUCUGUCACUUCUGUCGUUGCUGCUGAGGAAGAUGUGAAGCAAGCAGUUGCCGAUGAUUUGAAAUCGACCAUUUCGUCUCCUUGCGAUUGGUUUAUCUGUGAUGAUGAUCAGAGUCACACCAGAUUCGUUGUCAUCCAGGGAUCUGAAUCUCUAGCUUCUUGGCAAGCAAAUCUACUCUUUGAGCCUAUUGAAUUUGAGGGACUUGGUGCGAUAGUUCACAGAGGAAUAUACGAAGCAGCAAAAGGAAUGUAUGAACAAAUGCUACCAGAAGUCAAAGCUCAUAUCAAAACCCACGGGACCAGCGCUAAAUUCCGUUUCACCGGACAUUCACUAGGCGGAAGCUUAUCGCUGCUGCUAAACCUCAUGCUACUGAUUCGUGGCGAAGUAGCUGCUUCUUCUCUGCUUCCGGUUAUAACAUUCGGUGCGCCUUUCGUAAUAUGUGGAGGUGACCGUCUUCUUAAGAAACUCGGAUUGCCUAAAAGCCAUGUUCAAGCUAUCACAAUGCACCGUGACAUUGUCCCAAGAGCCUUUUCUUGUAACUACCCGUACCAUGUCGCUGAGCUUCUCAAAGCUGUUAAUGGAAACUUCCGGAGCCAUCCUUGUCUCAACAAGCAGAGUAUGUUGUAUUCUCCGAUGGGGGAGCUUCUAAUCCUUCAACCGGAUGAGUCAUUCUCUCCCGGACACGAUCUUCUUCCUCCGGGAAAUGGUUUGUAUCUUCUCACCGGUGACGAUGUAGAUUCGGAGGAGGAACAGAGGUUAAGAGCGGCGCAGACGGUUUUCUUGAACACGCCGCAUCCUCUGGAUAUUCUUAGUGACAGAGCGGCUUACGGUUCGAGUGGGACCAUACAGAGGGACCACGACAUGAACUCGUAUCUGAAAUCUGUUAGGAGUGUGAUAAGGAAAGAAGUGAGUCAGAUAAGGAGAGCGAAGAGGGAGCAUCGCCGGAGUCUCUGGUGGCCGAUACUGGUGGCUAGAGAAACCGGAAGCAGCAGCUCGGGGAUUGCGAUGGGUAGUAACGGACAGAUCAACGGUCAAGAUUUCUCAGGGAUGAUGAAGACGGGAAGGAAGUCGUUGCAGAGAUUUAGCCGCCUUGUGGCGUCUCAACACAUGCCGUUGAUCGUUGUUCUGUUGUUUCCGGUUAAGUUGUUGUUCCUUGGAGCUUUCAACGUCUUUAGUUUCCGUUGA